CAAAGAAAUCCUCAGGAGUGCCCUGUGUCCUCUCUUCAUUCCAUUUCACUGUCUUCACUGUCAGUUUUUACUUGGAGGAUUUGCAUCUCCCUUUUUUUCCAGACUUCAGAUAUCCGAGAGCUAUGGAUCUAAAAGUUUCUUGCUUCUUGCUGUUUCUUAUUCACUUUGUUUUGUCAGAACAUGACAUACUUGGUUCUAAAUGUUCAAGCACCCAGUCCUGGAGUGACGAUCUGGAAAAGUGUAUGGACUGUGCUAACUGCGUAAUGAAGCCUUUUAAUGAUUUCUGUAAAUCUUGUAAGGAUGGGCCAUCAGUGGUGCAGACAAUGCCUGUAUGGCAGAUAGUGACACUGGCAACAGUCACAUCUGUAAUUCUCAUUUGUGUGAUCACUCUGGCAGUAUUCCUUGCAAAACGCAAAAAACAAGCCAAAUACGCAACACCGAUUGAGGAGACGGGUGGAAAUGAGCACGAUUUACUUCAUGGAAGAGGCACUGCUUAAAGUAAAUGUAGAAGAAAAGGAAAAAGACACGAAUGACUGACAGCAAAAUGAAUCGCACACCGAAGGAUGGUAAAGAGGAGGAAUGACGAUGCUGCUAUGUUUACAGUGUUUGCACCUUGAAAAACAGGGACAGCGAGCACAGCGAUGUAUGUAUAUAUUGGGAACAGUGUGUCUGUGCUGCAGGCCUACAGUAUUCGAAGAUUUCUCCUGGUGAGGGUCAAAGCUGUUGACAUGAAUAAUUAAGGUGUAAACUCGUCCAAUAGAUCACAAGUCUUUGUUUGUAUGGGUGCUUACAGUACACGUGGCAGGAAGCAGCUUGUAGGAGCAUAAGAAGCUCUGCUUGAAAUGUGGAUGGUGUGUUUAUCCUUUACGCAACACUCAGGAGAAAUCUCAGGGUGUGAUUCAGGGGCUUAGCUGGAGGAACACAAUCCUAGAACCACAGAAUGAUGGGUACACCUCUUUACUGUCCACAGUGAGAUGUGAGAUCACAUUAAAUCCUGUUCCACACAAUGUUGUCAGCAGUGCACCACAAAAUAAAUGUCUGCCAGCUAUUUACCACUGCAACAUGAAGCAUGAGUUGUAAAGUUUUUAAUCAUUAGCUGUGCUUUUCUUUUCCCCAAGCUUGUAGUACCUAUUACUACCUGAAGAAGGUGCUAUUCUGUGUCACAAACCCUGAUUCAUCUGAAGAUCUCUCCUGUAUCCUGAGCAGAGUAUUGGUGAUGGUGGCAGAAGUGAAAUUAAGAGACUGAGUCUAGCUUUGUACCAGUGCACUUCAACACAAGGACAGAGGAUCCCUCAUUACCAUAAAAACAUAGGUAGUCUUAAUAUUCUGACUAGUCAAACUGAAGGUAACUGUAUUUCGUAUUAUGGUCCAUCUCGUAUGUAGACUGUUACAGAGAUGCAGUCAACAUUACAAGUGGUCAUUAGUUGCUUUGGGUAAUGCUAGGGGUAAGACUGUUUGAAUUUGUCUAGUUCUGUGUUUUGAAAGUGUGUAAAAUCUUUAUUGCACAUUGAUCUUGGGUGGACUAAAUGCAAAAUGUAUACUCCUGCCAACAGUAUGUAUUUUUCAGUAUGCAGGUUUAAUAAGAGUGAAAACUGAUGUAGAGCCAAAGGAUCCUCUUGGACAUAUUGGUUUAAAACAGAAAAAUAAGUAGUGAGAUCUUGUCUGUUAAUUUGUUGUGUACACUUACUUUUCUGUACUUUUGGUAACUGUUUAUUUAUACUGCUAGGGAGGGGGGAUUGUGAGUAAUUUCCCAUCUGGCAUUUGUCGGAGUCCUGUAAAUCACCUAGGCCGCCGCUAUUCAAUGUGGCAUGAAAUUAAUGUACGCAGUGCAUCGUAUUGAGAAAUAGUUACAAUGUUCCCCUAUCUUCUCUGAAAUUGAAUUCUGUACACACAACAGGAGGGCAAUGUUCUUGAGAACAGCAUUUGUUAAAAUAAUUUUGAUAUGUUGCACAGAUGCCUCUUAUAGUCUUGUCACUGACUGCAGUUUUCCCCCAUCUACCCUCAACUCUCCUGGCAUUCCAUAUUUUGACAACUGCUAUACCUUCUUUGGUAUGCGUAUGGUCAAGCUAGACAGAACAUGUCUAUUUUAAGCACACAUACCCUUUUUUAAUUUGGAAUAAGUAACAGGUUUCACCAAUGUACACAGAAUAUUCAAACAAUAACAUAAAGAAAUGUAUAGUAAUUUAUUGUACUGUGUCAUAUGUGGUUAACUUUAUUUUAAGUGCCUCUACAUUUCUAGUCUGUGUAAGUGUUUAAAAUCUCUAACUGACCACUUGAAAAAGUGCAUCUGAUUAACAUAACUCUUUAGACAGUGAAGAAGGUCAGAGGUCACAUUCUGCCCGGAGAAAGAUAAGUGGUGCAAGGCCUAGUAAACACAACAGCAGAGUUAAACAUUUGUGGAUAUUCAUGCACAUCUAACCCUUUCCAUGUCCGUGCAGCUUUGAGCACUUUAUUCGACUAUAUUUGUGUUCAAAUUAAAUGGGAUUUCCAAUUUCCUAACACAUAGUCUGGAUGCAUACAGUGCGUCUAAGUAAAUGUGUUGAUCAGACAGGCUGCAUAGUGACAAGACAAGCAGUGGCAUCAUGGGAAAUAUCAAAAUGGCUUGUCUGCUCAUCCAAAAUUUGGAGCAGAUAUGGUGGAAGAAACACCUGUGAACAUGGUGCGUGUGAAGCCACUGGUCUAUCUGCAAUAUUAUUCAUAUUUUUGGACAUUUAUGCCUCUCCUAAUUGACCAUAGAUGUUUUAGAUGUGGAGAGAGACAAACGGCACUCAUCAGUAGCUGAUGCAGUAUCGCUAGGGAAAAAAAAAUUAAUAGGCAAUGCAGUCUGUCUACAGGAAAAAAGGAUAAAAGUCAUUGUACUAAUGUACAGUUAAAAAUGUCUUUUUUCCACUUUUAAAAUUCUGCUUCAUGUGGAAUCCUAAAGGGUAUCCAGAAGUUUUUUUUUUUUUU